GGUCACAAGAAAACACCAACAAAAUUCUUUUUUAACAAAAAUCUAUGGCUUUGUUUUUGUCUAUGAAAAUUACAACUUUAUUCAUAUUGGUAUGUCUUGUAUGUACUUCUUUUGUCUAUGCCAAUUUUUAUGAUGAUUUCGAUAUCACUUGGGGCGAUGGACGUGGUAAGAUACUUGACAACGGCAAUCUCUUGACUCUUUCUCUAGACAAAUCCUCUGGCUCAGGGUUUGAGUCGAAAAACGAAUACUUAUUCGCGAAGAUUGAUAUGCAACUUAAGCUCGUAGCUGGAAAUUCGGCUGGUACUGUCACGGCAUAUUAUAUGAGUUCAACGGGAACGAAUUGGGACGAGAUCGACUUUGAGUUCUUGGGUAACUUGAGUGGAGACCCUUACAUAUUACAUACGAAUGUGUUUACUCAAGGCAAAGGCAAUCGCGAACAACAAUUCUAUCUUUGGUUUGACCCGACGGCUGAUUUCCACACAUAUUCUAUUCUUUGGAACCCCGAACUCAUUUUAUUUUCCGUUGAUGGCACACCAAUUCGAGAAUUUAAGAACGAAGAGUCAAAAGGAGUGCCGUUUCCAAAGAACCAACCAAUGAGGAUACAUUCUAGCUUAUGGAAUGCCGAUGAUUGGGCUACAAGAGGCGGGCUAGUAAAGACGGAUUGGAGCCAAGCUCCGUUCACUGCUUCAUAUAAAAACUUCACUGCCGAGGCUUGUGUAGCCACGUCUGGCACGUCAACCUCUUGUGCGAGUGGCUCGGCCUCUGGCAACACCGCAUGGUUGUCAGAGGUGUUGGAUAGUAGUGACCAAGAGAAAAUUAAAUGGGUACAGAAGAAUUAUAUGAUCUAUAACUAUUGUACGGAUUCUAAAAGGUUUCCUCAAGGAUAUCCGCCAGAAUGCAACAUGGGUUAAGCAGAUAACCACCUUGGUUCUGUUUUGCAGCUUAUAAAUAUUUCAUAGUGUCAGAAUUAUAUGUGUUGGCUGGAAUAUGUAUUUAACUGUGUCUGAAUUGUAUAGAGGCAAUUCUUUAUUCAUACUCUUUGUCAUAAGGAUUGUGUAUAUGAAUAAAUUUCAAUAUUAGUUUUGUAAUUA